CAUGUCUAUUCAAUGCCAUUCUGUUCAAAAAAAUAUUAAAUUUUCAGGGAAACAAACAAACCUAAUUUAAGCUCAGCUCAAAGGUGAUAUCAUCAGAAAUUUUUAAUAGGUUUUAUGCUUUACUAUCAUAGUGUGCAAUCAUAUCUACUCCUUUAUCCGGCAAAUCUUUAAGCGUGAUUUGCUCUCCAGAAACUCAAAAACUAAAUGAAAAAAUACAAGAAGAGCUUAGUCAAUUAGAUGAUGUAUCCACCUCUCACUUUACUUAGUUGUUUAAGAGAGAGGAGGAUAAGAUGUAAUACUAAGUUUAAACUAUAUAGUUUUUUGAAAGUAAAAUAUUUUAAACUAUAAGGUCAAGAAUCUUAGAUGCUUGAAGCUAUAUUAAACUAUAAGAGACAAUGUUGGGAUAUCAUUCUACCAAUUAAUGAGUUAAUAUCAGAGUAGAAUUGUCAAGGAUUUUGGAUCCUUAAAAUUAUUGUAAUCAUUAUUAUUAACAUUUUAAAGACUAAAAAGUAUAUAGAACUUAACAAUUAUGAUAAUUCAAAGGAACUUGUUAAAUUUUUUUUGAAACUAUUAAAUAGAAAUCUUCAUAUAAAUCAUGGUAUUCUAUAUUGUAAUCACAUAUAGAUGAUAUUGUACAAUAACUAGAUGGAGGUAUUCAAAUUAAUCCUUAUUGUUUAUUUAAGAAAACUUCAAUUAGAACAUCUAUCUCUAAUCUUCUUACCAACUUAAUCUUUGAACAUAAAAUCUCAAAUCGCCUUUAAAUUUUCCAAACUCUUUUUCGAGAUUUUGAAAACAAAGAUCUAGAAUCCCUUAAAAGAUAAACCAAUUUAGAUUUUUAGUUCAAAUAUCUAAAAGAGAAAUUAAUAAACAAAUUAUUAAGAAUUAACAAAUGA